AUGAAGCCUGCUCAGGCAGCAUUGAAAUUCUUUGACAACACUGUGAUAAAAAAAAUACUGAGAAUAAACCCACGAACAGUACCCAGUGGUGAUGAGGAUGAUAAUUCCAUUUACAUAGGCCCAACUAUUGAGGUUAAAGUCAAAGAAGAGCUUGAUCAUCCUGAGAGUAUAGAAGAGGAAGAUCCACUAUCAUUUUCACCAGACAAUCAUGAAUAUACAAAUUUUGAGUCUAGUUCAGCUUUAAUCACAGACAAUGGUGAUGAUGAUGGUGGCACAUUAUAUCGAGGUCCAUCUGUUGAAGUUGAGGUCAAGGCUGACCCAGAGGUGUUUGAGUUUGGUGAAAUGACAGGCUGUGAAAAGGACUUGCCAAGUUGUGAUGAUGAUUGUGAAGAGAAUGUGAUUGGUGAAAAGAAUCUUCAUAAUCAGGGAAAGCACAUAAAAACUCAGAAAGAUAGGAAGAAAUUCACCUGUGCAGAAUGUGGGAGCUCAUUUUCACAGUCACAUAAACUCAAAGUGCACAUGAGAACCCAUACAGCUUGCUCUGAAUGCGGAAAUAAAUUUGCUCAAUCAACUCAUCUUCGAAAGCACAUAAGAAUCCAUACUGGAGAGAAGCCUUAUUCUUGCCCUGAAUGUGGAAAUAAGUUUUCCCAGUCUUUUGGACUCAAGAGACACAUGAAAAUGCAUACUGAAGGUGAAAAGCCAACCACUUGCCCAGUGUGUGGAAGGAGUUUUUCUCAUGCUGGCCCUCUCAAGAGACACAUGAGAACUCAUGCAGUAGAGAGGUCAUGCCCUGAAUGCAAGUGUGUCUUCCCAACUUCUCAGACCCUUAAAAAACACAUGAAAACGCACAGAAGGGAGAGGCCAUUCCUUUGCAGUGAAUGUGGGAAGAGCUUUUAUGAAAAAAGCGUCUUCAAAGGGCACAUGAGGUCUCACACGGGUGAGAGGCCGUAUGCUUGUACUGAGUGCCCAAGUACAUUUGCUCAAUCAAGUAGUCUAAAGAAUCAUAUAAAAACUCAUACUGGUGAAAAGCCAUUUACCUGCACAGUAUGUGAGAGCAGUUUUUCACGAUCUGGUCAGCUCAAGACACACAUGAGAAAAACACACACGGGAGAAAAGCCUUACACUUGCACAAUAUGUCCAAAUUUAAUUUCACAUUCUUUCAACUUCAAUAAUUUGUUAUCUCGAACGGUAAUUCCCCUUAUAUCUCGCAGCUCAGUUUCGACCCUCAGCACAAAGGACCUAAACAGAAUGAAAAAGUCAUCAGCUUAUCCUGUUGUGAAGAAUAUUGAACUUCCCUGGAAAAUGGAGGCCAAAAACCCAUUAGCAUUCCAUUUAAUUGGUCAGGAUAAAAAAAAUACUGAGAAUAACCCACGAACAGUACCCAGUGGUGAUGAGGAUGAUAAUUCCAUUUACGUAGGCCCAACUAUUGAGGUUAAAGUCAAAGAAGAGCUUGAUCAUCCUGAGAGUACAGAAGAGGAAGAUCCACUAUCAUUUUCACCAGACAGUCAUGCAUAUAAAAAUUUUGAGUCUAGUUCAACUUUAAUCACAGACAAUGGUGAUGAUGAUGAUGGUGGCACAUUAUAUCGAGGUCCAUCUGUUGAAGUGGAGGUCAAGGCUGACCCAGAGGUGUUUGAGUUUGGUGAAGUGACAGGCUGUGAAAAGGACUUGCUAAGUUGUGAUGAUGAUUGUGAAGAGAAUGUGAUUGGUGAAAAGAAUCUUCAUAAUCAGGGAAAGCAAAUAAAAACUCAGAAAGAUAGGAAGAAAUUCACCUGUGCAGAAUGUGGGAGCUCAUUUUCACAGUCACAUAAACUCAAAGUGCACAUGAGGACCCAUACAGGUGAGAGGCCUUAUUCCUGCACUGAAUGUCAGAGUAGAUUUGCUGUACCAGAUAGUCUCCGAGUGCAUAUGAGAAGUCAUACAGGUGAGAAGCCAUUCAGCUGCUCUGAAUGUGGAAAUAAAUUUGCUCAAUCAACUCAUCUUCGAAAGCACAUAAGAAUCCAUACUGGAGAGAAGCCUUAUUCUUGCCCUGAAUGUGGAAAUAAGUUUUCCCAGUCUUUUGGACUCAAGAGACACAUGAAAAUGCAUACUGAAGGUGAAAAGCCAACCACUUGCCCAGAGUGUGGAAGGAGUUUUUCUCAUGCUGGCCCUCUCAAGAGGCACAUGAGAACUCAUGCAGUAGAGAAGUCAUGCCCUGAAUGCAAGUGUGUCUUCCCAACUUCUCAGACCCUCAAAAAACACAUGAAAACGCACAGAAGGGAGAGGCCAUUCCUUUGCAGUGAAUGUGGGAAGAGCUUCUAUGAAAAAAGCGUCUUCAAAGGACACAUGAGGUCUCACACGGGUGAGAGGCCGUAUGCUUGUACUGAGUGCCCAAGUACAUUUGCUCAAUCAAGUAGUCUAAAGAAUCAUAUAAAAACUCAUACUGGUGAAAAGCCAUUUACCUGCACAGUAUGUGAGAGCAGUUUUUCACGCUCUGGUCAGCUCAAGACACACAUGAGAACACACACGGGAGAAAAGCCUUACACUUGCACAAUAUGUCCAAGUAGCUUCUCACACUCUGGUCAACUCAAAAUACACAUGAGAACACAUACUGGAGAGAAGCCAUUUUCCUGCAGUGUAUGUGAACGUAGUUUUCUUCGCGCUGACACACUCACAAUACACAUGAGAACACAUACAGGAGAGAAGCCAUUUGCUUGCCCAGAAUGUCCCAGUAGUUUUGCUCAAUCAUAUAGUCUAAAAAUGCACUUGAGGACACAUACACAUAUGAGAAUGCACACAGGAGAGAAGCUACACGUGCACAGUUAUGUUCAAGUAGCCUUCUCACACUCUGGUCAGCUCAAGACACACAUGAGAACACACACAGGAGAGAAGCCUUACACUUGCACCAUAUGUCCAAGUAGCUUCUCACACUCUGGUGUACUCAAAAUACACAUGAGGAAACAUACUGGAGAGAAGCCAUUUUCCUGCAGUGUGUGUGAUCGUAGUUUUCUUCGUGCUGACACACUCACAAAACACAUGAGAACACAUACAGGAGAGAAGCCAUAUUCUUGUCCAGAAUGUCCCAGUAGUUUUGCUCAAUCAUAUAGUCUAAAAAUGCACUUGAAGACACAUACGUGAGAUCUUGCUGUUAUUUUGCACUUGGGUAAAGCUGUAAGGAAGUGUUUACUUCUUUUUGCAAAAAACUGUUGACAUUAAAAUGGUUCUUAACAGUUUUGUGUACAUUGCUACAGAUUUGGGUAAGGGUACUCUAGUUGACUUUCAGUUGAUAACCUGCAGUUAACUUUCAAUUGAUGAUGUUUUUGAAUACCAGUCAGACUUUUGUAGGAUUUAAGUCCUACAAAAAAGGUUCUGUUUGUGGUAUGGUUUGUUUGUUUAUCAUGGGGAUGAUACAAAAAGAUGUGUAGGCUUUACAAAAAUUACAAUAAAAGGCUGACCUUGCAACUGGCAACAUAAUUUAGGUCAUGGACCCAUGAUUUUGUUAUCGAUGGUACAUUACGAGAAAAGGCUUUAUUGUAACAAAAUUUUUAAAAUCUAGUUCAAUCCUAUAGAUCUGAUGAAAUAUGGUGUAGAAUGGACAUUUUUGAGGAGUGGAUUGCUGAGUCUUGAUUGAGGAUUGUAAUCUUUGACCACUAUUGUUUGAUGUUGGGUUAGAGUAUUUUAGAAAGUUGAACAUUUUAAUAAAAUGAAACAGCUGAAGUCAUAGGAAGAAUUAAAGCUCCUACAGUAACACCUCACCUUAUCAGCUGGGGGGGUAUGACCCCCUGAUAGGGAACAAAAUCCAUCGGGUAAAAAAGGUGGACAUAAAGCCAGCACAAUUCAGUACUCCUGGAGCAACUUGCUUAGCUUAGAGUGUACAUUAAUUUAUAUAAUUCUAUAUAAAGUAAUUAUUAGCCCAUCCUAACUGGUAUUUUUUCCAGUGGAUAUAAAAAAUCUACCUUUUAUGUAGGAGCAUCCUUGAGUGCGAGCUAGGUCAGUCAUUGAAUUUGGUGACAAAGAUACUUAACUGGUGAAGUUAGGGUAUGAGGCACGGGGGGAAUACCAUACAUUCAUCUAAUGUUGAUACUCCUCUCUCUCUCUCUCUCUCUCUCUCUCUCUCUCUCUCUCUCUCUCUCUCUCUCUCUCUCUCUCUCUCUCUCUCU